UGAAGAAAUUUCUCUGGGAAAACUUAAUCAUGUGAUCCCCAUCGUAUGUUCUUGGAAAGAUUCAACGGAAACAAUGUUGGAUUGUAUGAACAAGGGUGCCGUGGAUUACUUAUUAAAACCCAUUAGACUGGAAGUGGCAAAAACCAUGUUUUUGCGUAUGUACAGAUCGGACCAUUCAAAGUCUUCAAUACGGUGUAGCGGCUCCUUGGAACAAAGGAUUCAGAAAGUCAUCAUGAAAGAUAAAUGGUUAGAGGAGACCAUAUUUGAUUACUACACUCCGCCGAAGCCGUCGAUGAGCGUUGGUUACAUCGCAAGACUAAAUCCGGCCGCGGAAUUGGAAAAAACAAACUCUCUCAAGAGAAAGUUGUCAGAAUGGGAAUUUAAUGCCCAUGAAUUGACAGAAGAAGACCAAUUGAGAUGCGUGGUCAUCAUUUUCGAACAUGUUCUGGAAUAUAACGGACUCCGUGUGUCAACGACAAAUCAAUUGCACCAGUUCAUAUUCGCCAUCAUGAAGUGUUAUCACAACACAAAUCCGUACCACAAUUUUAUUCAUGCCGUGGACGUUCUCCAAGCAAUGUUUCAUUUUCUGUGCAAAAUAGAUCUCAUUCCCUCUUUGUUCCCAUCCCGAUUUGAAAAAAAUCGGCAGAGAUGCUUUCCCGAUAAUCUUUUGAAGAGCACUGACGCCUUUGCUCUACUGUUGGCAUCCAUUGGACAUGAUGUCGGUCAUCCGGGAGUCAGCAAUAAUUUCCUGAUUCAAUCGCAAACUCCAUUAGCACAGAUAUACAAUGAUACGUCGGUUUUGGAGAGCUUUCAUGCCAUGACACUAUUUAACUUGAUGCGAAAACACGAUUUCAUGGUUUACAAUCCUGGUACCACCGAGUAUGCUGAAUUGCGAAAGACCGUCGUAAACGCAAUCCUCGCCACCGACAUGGACUUGCACGAGGAAUAUGUUGUGGGUAUCAACGAGCAAAUUAAAAGAUUUCAAUCGCCCGACUAUGAAUUAAAGGCGGACAAAGAGAGAAAGAUUAUUUUUGGUGCAUUGAUCAAGUGCGCAGAUAUCAGUAAUGUGGCGAGGCCAUAUCAUAUUGCCGAAAGUUGGUCAAACGUUUUGAUGGAGGAAUUCAGAUGCCAAGGCGAUUUGCAGAGGAAACUCGGCCAACCCGUUCCUCCGUUAAAUGACAGGCAUGGAAGUAUCACGCAAUCCGAUUCUCAGAUAUGGUUCAUUGAUUUUUUCGCAAUGCCUCUGUUUACAAGUGUCGGUAAUCUCUUGCCAG